AUGGUCAAACUCACGCUCACCGUCGCCGCCGUCAUGACCGCAGCUGCCGUCCUCGCCGAUAUCGGGGUGACUCAGCCAGACUCGCCGCACCACAGGCAGUUCCUUCGCCACGCAGGACCGAACGGAAGUGGCGUCGGCUUCGGCUCUGCGGGGAGCAGUCCCCGCGACCCUUCUUCGUCUGAUGACCGAGACGAUGCUGGCAGCUUCCGUGCUGGAAACCGCUCUCCUCCGUCGGAUGCUGGUGUCGGUGUCGGAAGCCUCAGUGUCGGAGGCCACGCUUUUGUCGGUCAUGCAGCCGACCACCUCUGGCUAGGCAGUGGCAGUCUGGACGACCGAUUCGCACCUCCUUCUGGCGCGAGCAGCAAUGCGUCUCCAUCGUGGUCGGCGUCCGGCAAGGACGGCAUGCCGCGGUUCUCGGAUGCCGGUCAAGGUGAACCUCACCGUAAGGCCCUUCAAAAGGAGGGCCGCGAUGACCAGAAUGCGAUGCCUCCGAUGCCUUCUCGUUCAAUCGACGGCCCCAUGCAUGGAGGGCAGCAGAACGAGCCACCGCGAGACGACUUGCCGAACGGGAGGCAACCGCGGAAUGCCGACAGCGAGCCGCUUCGGAGUGAUAAACCGUUGCAGGGUGACCCGGACCAGCCUCAGGACGACAAGCGCGUCGAUUCACCACACGGACUUCCUGGUGAGCACGAAGAUCAUGGAGACCAAGACGAUACCCCGCACGGCCGAGACCAUCUACACCGACACAGCUCCGACAAGGGUUCGUGGCACGGAAGUGGGAGCGUCGACGGUCGUUUUCCUCCCCCACCCGAUGCAGGCGGCGACGAGCAGCAGCCGCCGGGAGUCGGCGGAGGUCGUGGUGUGGACGGCCCCAGGACUGCCGAUAACCGCGACGACCACAACUCGCCACUAUCGCUUGCUGGCAGCGGCUCUGUGGGUGUGGUGCACGACGUGGGAGCUGGGAAUGGCGAGGUGCGUCCGAGCGAGGUCCAGCCUCAGUAA